AUUUUUUUUUUCUCCCCACUCCCAAAUCCCAAUCGUUUAAAUACCCACAUCCUUGUUAUUCUCCUACCUCCAAUACACAUCUACCUGUCUCCUUUCCCUUCUUUCUUGAUAUCUUUCUUUCUUAUUAGCGAAAAUGCGUAUGAGUUGUAAUGGUUGUAGAGUCCUACGCAAAGGGUGCAGUGAGAAUUGCAGUAUUAGGCCAUGUUUGCAAUGGAUCAAAAGCCCUGAAUCCCAAGCCAACGCUACUGUCUUCCUAGCCAAAUUCUACGGCCGCGCCGGACUCAUGAAUCUCAUCAACGCUGGCCCCGAACACCUCCGCCCUGCAAUAUUCAGGUCGUUGCUAUAUGAGGCAUGUGGGAGGAUAGUGAACCCGAUAUAUGGGUCAGUGGGGCUGUUAUGGUCGGGAAGCUGGCAGCUAUGUCAAGCCGCAGUGGAAGCUGUGCUAAAAGGCUCGCCGAUCACUCCUAUUACAUCGGAAGCUGCAGUGACAGACCAUGGUCCGCCGUUAAAAGCCUACGACAUUCGCCACGUGUCCAAGGAUGAGAACUCAGCCGCGUCCAACGAUCCGAUCCGAGUCAAGACAAGGUGCCGGUUCAAACGGUCCGUAGUCAAGCCCAAAGCAUGUAAAGCCGGCUUAAACAUAGAAAACAGCUCGGCGGCGCCUCGAGAAAUCAAGCCGAGUAGUGGGUCUUCGACGAGCCACGAGUCCUCGCUGAGCCACCAAUCGGCUUUUGCGCCGGUCGAGGGCGAGAGCAAAGAGACUGAGAGCAUGGUAUCUGUGGAAACGGCUGAACCGGAGUCGAUCCCUAAACCGCAGCCGGCUCAAGAAAGCGAGUUAGCCUUGGAGCUGACGCUGGGAUUCGAGCCGAUGACGUCACGAUUGAAUCGUGUGGUUCCAGUGAAGAAGAGAAAGGUUUGUGUUGUUAGUGAUAGCAGCGGCUCGGCUGAUAUAGUCGGCGCAUGUAAGAUGGAGCUGGGUCUUGAUUAUCCAGCUUAAGAGUGAAGCCCAAGUUAAAGGGAAAAAAAAAAAAAAAACCAAAAAAGAAGAAGAAGUCAGGCAGUCCAGUUUUGACGGCUCAGAUCGGCUUUGUCUAGUUCCAUAGAAGAGAUCAUGACCCUUCUUUUUUGUUGUUACUUUUUGCAUGUACUCUUUUUUUUUUUUUUUUUUUUUUUGUUAGGUCUUUCUUGUUUUACCCUUGGUGAUGAGGUGUAAAAAUGUGGGUGCAAAUAUAGGGAGAGGGACAAACAAAUCUUUGUUUUUUUAAAAAUCAAAAUCUUUGCUGAGAUAGGAUUUGGGAUUUGUAGGAUCUUUUCUAUAGCUUGUGAAUUGUGACCAAAUCUUAAACAAUGAUGCGGAUUGAUGAA